GCAAGCCUGCAAGUCAUGUAGAAGCCGCAGUAACUGCAGAGUCUCUGAUGGAUAAUUGGAUUGGGAGUAAUAUGUGGGAGGCUGUGGACUAUUUGCUUCCGACAUAGGAACAGCACCGGGUUGGGAAUCUGCACUCCUGAGAGAAUGCUGGGAAUCUGCAGAGGGCGACGGAAAUUCCUGGCUGCCUCUCUGACCGUCCUUUUUGUCCCAGCCAUUACGUGGAUUUAUCUGUUCGCUGGGAGUUUUGAAGAUGGGAAGCCAGUGUCGCUGUCUCCACUUGAAUCCCAGCCCCACAGUCCUCGGUACACGGCGUCGAGCCAGCGGGAGCGCGAGAGCUUGGAAGUCCGCAUGCGGGAGGUGGAGGAGGAGAACCGCGUGCUUCGCAAGCAGCUCAGCCUGGCACAGAGCCGCAGCCCCUCACACCACCGCGGCAAUCACUCCAAAACCUACUCCAUGGAAGAGGGGACGGGAGACAGCGAGAGCCUGCGGGCUGGCAUUGUGGCAGGGAACAGCUCCGAGUGUGGGCAGCAACCAGCAGUGGAAAAAUGUGAGACCAUCCACGUUGCCAUUGUUUGUGCAGGGUACAAUGCCAGUCGGGAUGUUGUCACACUUGUCAAGUCUGUCUUAUUUCACAGGCGAAACCCACUCCACUUCCACCUCAUUGCAGAUGCCAUUGCCAAACAGAUCCUGGCGACUCUGUUCCAGACGUGGAUGGUCCCUGCUGUGCGCAUAGACUUUUAUGAUGCAGAUGAGCUCAAGUCGGAAGUGUCUUGGAUCCCCAACAAACACUACUCUGGGAUUUACGGGCUGAUGAAGUUGGUUCUGACUAAGACUCUACCUUCCAAUCUUGAGCGAGUCAUUGUCCUCGAUACAGACAUAACAUUUGCCACUGACAUUGCUGAGCUAUGGGCCGUCUUUCACAAGUUCAAAGGGCAGCAGGUUCUUGGCUUGGUGGAGAAUCAGAGUGACUGGUAUUUGGGCAACCUUUGGAAGAAUCAUCGGCCCUGGCCAGCGCUUGGGAGGGGCUACAACACAGGGGUUAUCUUGCUGCUUCUUGACAAGUUACGGAAGAUGAAAUGGGAGCAGAUGUGGAGACUCACGGCAGAGCGGGAGUUAAUGAGCAUGCUGUCCACUUCACUGGCUGACCAGGAUAUCUUCAAUGCAGUCAUCAAACAAAAUCCCUUCCUUGUCUACCAGCUCCCAUGUUUCUGGAACGUGCAGCUGUCUGAUCACACCCGUUCCGAGCAGUGCUACAGAGAUGUGUCUGACCUGAAGGUGAUUCACUGGAACUCACCAAAGAAGCUGCGAGUGAAAAACAAGCACGUGGAGUUUUUCCGCAACCUCUACCUGACAUUCCUGGAAUACGAUGGGAAUUUGCUGAGACGGGAACUCUUCGGCUGCCCCAGUGAGCCUAGUGGCAUCUCACCUCGCCUUAAACACCUGAUGAGAGAGCUGGACGAGGAUGACUUAUGCUAUGAAUUUCGCCGAGAACGUUUCACCGUCCAUCGCACUCAUUUGUAUUUUCUACAUUACGAAUAUGAGCCCGCUUCUGACAAUACCGAUGUAACGCUGGUGGCUCAGCUUUCAAUGGACAGGCUCCAGAUGCUUGAAGCCAUCUGCAAACAUUGGGAAGGUCCAAUCAGCCUGGCGCUCUAUCUUUCUGAUGCAGAAGCCCAGCAAUUUCUGCGCUACGCCCAGGGCUCAGAAGUACUUAUGAGCCGCCACAAUGUCGGCUAUCAUAUCGUGUACAAGGAGGGGCAGUUCUAUCCUGUGAAUCUGCUAAGGAAUGUGGCUAUGAAGCAUAUCAGCACACCAUACAUGUUUCUGUCUGACAUUGACUUCUUGCCCAUGUAUGGACUCUACGAGUACCUCAGGAAGUCCGUCAUCCAGCUCGACCUGGCUAACACCAAGAAAGCUCUGAUCGUACCUGCUUUUGAGACCCUGCGCUACCGCCUCUCCUUCCCCAAGUCAAAAGCAGAGCUGCUAUCUAUGUUGGACAUGGGAACCCUCUUCACAUUCAGGUAUCACGUCUGGACAAAAGGGCACGCGCCAACGAACUUUGCCAAGUGGCGAACAGCCACCACCCCCUACCGCGUUGAGUGGGAAGCAGACUUUGAGCCAUACGUUGUUGUGAGGAAGGACUGCCCAGAGUAUGACAGGCGGUUUGUUGGAUUUGGCUGGAACAAAGUAGCUCACAUCAUGGAACUGGAUGCACAGGAGUACGAGUUCACGGUGCUGCCCAACGCCUACAUGAUCCACAUGCCGCACGCCCCCAGCUUCGACAUCACCAAGUUUCGCUCCAACAAGCAAUACCGCAUCUGUCUCAAGACCCUGAAGGAGGAGUUCCAGCAGGAUAUGUCGCGCCACUAUGGCUUUGCAGCCCUCAAAUAUCUCACGGCAGAGAACAACAGCUAG